GAUCCUGGCUGUUUUUCACCUUAUCCGCCUUAUUUUUCGCUCGAAAAAAAACACAUACUACGACUACGAAAUUUCUUUUUAAAUUCUAUUGUUAUUGGCGGUUUGAAUUAUCGAUAAAUCCAGCCGUCAGCUGAUACUUCCCUGCUAAAACAGUUGGAAAAGAAAAUACAGCUUUAGUGCUUCACACUGCUUGACAACUCUUAGACAGAAAAUUGCACAAGCAAAAGAAAAUCGGAAAUAACCAAAGGACAUAAAAACAUAUUUCAAAGACGAACAUGCAACGCUUAAGAGUGAUUCUAAGCCAUGCUGCAGCAGCAGCGAAUCAGCAGCAACACCUGCGCCCUUUGUCCAUCCACUGGAGCUUGUCCCAGAAUCAAAAGCCGGUGGGUGGAAGCCCAGGAGAAAGUAGAACAAGAGACACCCGGAGUCCGAAGGCGAGUGUCCAGAAAAUCACACUCAUCCAACAGAAUCAGUCGAUGAGCAUCACCACGUUGGAGGAGGCCCAGAAGGUGGCCAAACGACGGGAGCUGCACCUGUUGCGCUUGGAGCAAGCAGAUACCAAAACGGGAAGGGCCAUGUUUAAACUAGUCACUGCAGCGGAAAUGCUGUCGGAUGAUGCGGAGAAGUCGAGAUCACCCAGCGAAAAAGUUAAGGAAAAGAAAACGGAGAAGUCCCUUACCAUUGGUGCGCGCAUCACGGAGCACGAUCUCUCAUCCAGACUCAAGAAUAUUGUCAAGUGGCUGGCCAAGCGACACGAGGUUCGCAUCCUCAUACAGGGCAGUGCAAGUGGAUCGGACGAGAGCAGCGGCGAGCGCAUAGUAAAGGCCAUCGAACAGACCAUUAAGGAACCACAAUUAAUUGGCAGAAUAGUGCAAAGGCGCAGCAAGAGCGCGUUCAUCAAGUUCACCAUAAUUCCAGUAGCUCCGCCACCAGUAGGCACAUCCACAUCCACUCCCAACCCACUCCAGUCGUGACAACUACCGCAGCACACCGUUGCGGCGGACAAACCCACUUUCGGCCUGAGAAUAUCCACCCGCCAAUUCUCGGAAAGAGUGAAAAAAGAACGUGAGAGGCCCGUCGAGAUCAGCACCGCAUCUGUUGUUACCACCUCGGCACUACUUCUAUUAUUUUUUUUCAAAUACUUCUACUGGCAUCAGCAUUUGGUGAAAAUAUUGGAGAAACGAGAGCAAGAAGACCGACUGAAGAAGCGGAAAAGAAAUCAUGAUGUCCUUUCUGCCUACCGCGAUCCCAAGCUACAAAAAUGUAAAAGCGAUUAAUGUUGAAACUGCUUUUUAGUAACUUUCAUGUG